UUGCACGGUGUUAAUCCGUGUCGUGAGGAGCAGAUAAGGAAGAGAUCAUACUGAAACACGUGCACAAAACCCACUUCACAUAAUAUUAACCUUAAAUCUUCUAAGUAAACAAUUCCAGCAACGUUCUCAUGAUUAAGCACAGUGACUGAGAUGCAUUUAUCUUUCCUGGUCUGUGUCAGAUCUGCUAGUGUUAAAUUGUUAAUACUCAGUACGUAGUGUUACGUGGCACUCUGUCAAAAUGGGUCUUCUCUUCCAGCUUGUUGCUGUCCUGCUCGUAGCACGUGGAAUUAGCGGUUAUUGUUUUGCGAAGUCUGAGACACACAGAGAAAAUGCUUUUGUCGAACCAGACGGUUCCGUGAAGGUUACCAACUAUUGCGAAUACAAGGCGAAGAUUCUGUUUCCUGGAGACACUGCUAGGUUCCCGGAUGAGUGCAUCAGCUGCACCUGUGAAGACUGGGGACUCAGCUGCUGUGGGUACGGCUCCAGCGCGGGAGUAAUUUCUGUGCAGGGUUGCAAGCAGAUAAAGGGACCCAACUGUUCUUAUUUGCUGGUCAAGGAAAGUGACCCUACCAAAGAUUGCUUCACCGGACAGUCCAUUGUGGGAUAACGACAUGAAAUAUGUAGAUUUAGUUGCAGAUUAAGCUUAAAUAAAACAGUCUACACACGUACUUAACAUCUAAAAUGAUUAUUCUCUCAUAAUCGAGGAAAGAUUUUCAUAAUUUUAAAAGAAAUUUUAAAGAAAGCUCAAUCUCAACUAACAAAACUUUCUACGGUUUCUUAAACAUAGGCCUAUAUACCAGUCAUACCGAAGCUAAUAAUCAUUACCAACUUUAACUUGUCAAGGGAAUAAAGAAAUACGCAAAAUUAUAUAUUACGAUAU